UCUGAAGCCACACUGGAGGAUGGAGUCAUGUGUAGAAGUUCACGCAAGUGAGGAAAGUUCUCUGAUCGCCAUUCACUUGGGAGUGGCCAGAAACGAUUCUUUUACAUAUGACUCAAGCAGCUCACGACUUCCGGUCUUUGACCAAGUAUCCUCUGGGUAGCCUAAGAACAUCCGUUUGAAGGCGAGCUAAAGUGAGAAGGCGAAAUAUCCCCUACUUAGGAAUGUGCGCUGGGUUUGGGACCCGCCACGUAAAAAAACACCCCCAAGGAAAAAGCAAACACAACCUCGGAUGAGAGACCCCCCUUUUGGUGACGACCAUGGCAAACGAAAUAAGGACUAUGAUUUGAGGGCAUGCACCUGGAAUGUCCGGUCCCUUAAUUGGGAAGGUGCCGCUGCCCAGCUGGUAAAUGUCCUCGUAAAGAUAAAGGCUGACAUCACCGCCGUCCAAGAAAUGCGAUGGACAGGACAAGGACAGAGACGAGUAGGUCCUUGUGACAUUUACUACAGUGGCCAUAUAAAGGAGCGCAAGUUUGGUGUUGGAUUCGUGGUGGGAGAGAGACUCCGUCGCCAAGUACUAUCAUUCACUCCGGAGAUUGAACGUCUAGCCAAAAUCCGCAUCAAAGCGAGGUUCUUCAACAUAUCGCUGAUUUGCGCCCACGCCCCGACGGAAGAGAAGGACGAUGUGUCCAAAGAUGCUUUUUAUGAGUGCUUGGAGCGCACUUAUGAGAGAUGCCCCCGCCACGAUGUCAAAAUCGUGCUUGGCGACUUCAACGCCAGGGUGGGCAAAGAAGGUAUCUUUGGCACUACGGUCGGUAAAUUCAGCCUCCACGAGGAAACAUCCCCAAAUGGGUUGAGGCUGAUCGACUUCGCCGGGGCCCGAAAUAUGGUUAUCUGUAGUACUAGAUUCCAGCAUAAGAAGAUACAUCAAGCUACCUGGCUGUCUCCGGAUCGAAAAACCACCAACCAGAUCGAUCAUGUUGUGAUAGACGGAAGACACGUCUCCAGUGUUUUAGAUGUGCGUGCGCUCCGAGGUCCUAACAUCGACUCGGACCACUAUCUUGUUGCAGCCAAGAUUCGCACCCGCCUCUGUGCACCAAAAAACGCACGCCAACAAACACAAGGAAGGUUCGACGUCGAGAAGCUGCAAUCACAACAGACAGCCGAACGAUUUUCUACUCGGCUUGCACUCCUGCUCUCUGAGAGCACUCGUCAACAACUCGGUAUAAGGGAACUGUGGGACGACAUUUCAAACUCCUUACGUACAGCUGCAACCGAAACCAUUGGUUUUCGGAAAGUGCAAAAGAACAGCUGGUACGACGAGGAGUGCCGUGUCGCAGCGGAGAGAAAACAGGCUGCCUACCUCGCAACGUUACGAUCGACCACAACACGUGCGAGAUGGGAUAGAUACUGAGAGUUGAAGAGGGAAGCGAGACGCAUUUGCAGACAGAAGAAGAAAGAGGCCGAAAUGCGUGAGUACGAACAGCUGGAUAAGCUGGCCGACAGGGGUAAUGCUCGAAAAUUCUACGAAAAAAUGCGGCGGCUUACAGAAGGUUUCAUGACCGGAGCAUACUCCUGUAGAACCCCCAAAGGUGAUCUAGCCACCGAUGCCCAGAGCAUACUUAGAUUAUGGAGGGAACACUUCUCCAGCCUGCUCAUGGCAGUGAACACAUAGCACCAGGAGAAGGCGAACCCGAUUCCCCAAUCGAUGACGAUGGAGCAGACGUUCCAUUGCCCGGCCAUGACGAAGUUCGAAUAGCAGUUGCCCGCCUGAAGAACAACAAAGCGGCAGGGGCCGACGGAUUGCCGGCCGAGCUAUUCAAACACGGCGGCGAAGAACUGAUAAGGAGCAUGCAUCAGCUUCUUUGUAAAAUAUGGUCGGACGAAAGCAUGCCCAACGAUUGGAAUCUAAGUGUGCUCUGCCCAAUCCAUAAAAAAGGAGACCCCACAAUCUGCGCCAACUACCGUGGGAUUAGCCUCCUCAACAUCGCAUAUAAGGUUCUAUCGAGCGUAUUGUGUGAAAGAUUAAAGCCCACCGUCAACAAACUGAUUGGACCUUAUCAGUGUGGCUUUAGACCUGGCAAAUCAACAACAAACCAGAUAUUCACCAUGCGCCCAUGAAAGGAGAAUCGACACACAUCACCUCUUCGUCGAUUUUAAAGAUGCUUUCGACAGCUCGAAAAGGAGCUGCCUUUAUGCCGCGAUGUCUGAAUUUGGGAUCCCCACAAAACUAAUACGGCUGUGUAAACUGACGUUGAACAACACUAAAAGCUCCGUCAGAAUCGGGAAGGACCUCUCCGAGCCGUUCGAUUCCAAACGAGGUUUCAGACAAGGCGACUCCUUAUCGUGCGAUUUCUUCAAUCCGCUGCUGGAGAAAAUUAUUCGGGCUACAGAACUUAAUCAAAUAGGUACAAUCUUUAAUAAGAGUGUACAGCUGCUGGCGUAUGCCAAUGAGAUUGAUAUGAUAUUGAUAUCAUCGGGUCAACACCCCCGCCGUUAGUUCUGCUUUCUCCAGACUGAAUAAGGAAGCAAAGCAAAUGGGUCUGGCAGUGAACGAGGGCAAGACGAAAUAUCUCCUGUCAUCAAACAAACAGUCGUCGCACUCGCGACUUGGCUCUCACGUCACUGUUGACAGUCAUAACUUUGAAGUUGUAGAUAAUUUCGUCUAUUUAGGAACCAGCAUUAACACCACCAACAAUGUCAGCCUGGAAAUCCAACGCAGGAUUACUCUUGCCAACAGGUGCUACUUCGGACUGAGUAGGCAAUUGAAAAGUAAAGUCCUCUCUCGACGAACAAAAACCAAACUCUAUAAGUCGCUCAUAAUUCCCGUCCUGCUAUAUGGUGCAGAGGCUUGGACGAUGUCAACAACGGAUGAGUCGACGUUGCGAGUUUUCGAGAGAAAAGUUCUAUGAAAGAUUUAUGGUCCUUUGUGCGUUGGCCACGGCGAAUAUCGCAUUCGAUGGAACGAUGCGCUGUACGAGAUAUACGACGACAUUGACAUAGUUCAGCGAAUUAAAAGACAGCGACUACGCUGGCUAGGUCAUGUUGUCCGGAUGGACGAAAACACUUCGGCUCUGAAAGUAUUCGACGCAGUACCCGCCGGGGGAAGCAGAGGAAGAGGAAAACCUCCACUCCGUUGGAAGGACCAAGUGGAGAAGGACCUGGCUUCGCUUGGAAUAUCCAAUUGGCGCCACGUAGCGAAAAGAAGAAACGACUGGCGCGCGGUUGGUAACUUGGCUAUAAUCGCGUAAGCGGUGUCUACUCCAAUUAAGAAGAAGAAGGCUUUGAUUUUUCUUUUAAUUUAAUUUUAAAUGGUUUUUGUGAAAUAUUGUAAACUGUUUGAAGAAGGUUUUUUAUUUUUGUAAAGUUUUAUUCUUCAAUACAUUUAAUAAUAGCAUAACAAAAUGUAUCGAAUGUAUUUUAUUUUUUAGGAUAUCCUCAACAAUACCAGUACAUAGUUUAUAGUAGUAAUAUAUUUUAUAAUUAUGUUCUUUU